AUGUCGCGCCCUAGUCCCGCGAAAGACAGUACACGUUGCCACCACCGCGCCAGCGCCGCAUGGGCGAAUCCGCAAAAUUCCCCACCGCGACGCAACAGGUACGAGCGGGGACACGAGGUUCCGCCAUUAGAGUCCUGGUUGCACCGUGACACACUCAACAUCGUCUCCGGAGAAACUCCCGGUGAGAAUCGUCCGGAAGAAUCCAGCAUCACCCCAAUCAAUGGAGAAAUCGGCUCAACGCGACUCUCCAGAGAUGUUUGUACACUUGUAGAGAGUGAUGAGUGUGCUGCAUCACAAGUAUUCGACGCAGAUAUUGGCCUAAUAUUUUUGAUGCCAGUUUCAACCAUAGAGUCAUUACUCUCCUCAUUAACCUCAGGUACUGACUGUAAAGGGAUUGAUAUAUUCAGCAUUAAUGCAGCACCCUUCUUGGAGGGAUGGGGCUCGUGGAUGCCAGCAGAGUCCGAGGUGUGGGAUUCAGUAUCUGAUCGUUUUUUGUAUAAUCGCUGAAGCCUUCUAC